AUCUAUGUCUAAAUGUAUAUCUAUGAAUUGUAAAUGCUGUCGUGUAAAGAUAAAGUGUAAAUAUGGUAUAACGGCGCAAACAUCGGAAAAAAAACAAUUUCUUUUUGCAUUGUGGUUUCUCGUUCUCGAUAGUUGAUAGUUUUGUGAGGAUAAAAAUAAUAUUCACGACACUCGCUUUCUAAUGGGUGGAACUACCAUGCUUCUUUUGAGAAAAUCGGCUUUUUAAGCUUAUUUACAACAUAGGCUACACAGCAACUUAGUUUUAAUAAAUAAAAGGAAUGAAAAUAUGGAGGAUUUAAAAAAGACCGGCCAAACUUCUAAAACUCAUUUUAAUAAAGGGGACAAAAAGCACAUUGAAUCAAAGCAACAAUAUGAAGAAUUAAUUAAUAAUGCCAUGGAAAAUGAUUUUCAUAAAAAAUUCAGUGAUGAGAAUAAUGAAAAGUAUGAAACAAAAUCAUAUUUAUUUUCAAUAAAAAUUCAACUGGAUGGUAUAUCAUUUAGCUUAUUCUUAAUGGCUCUUUUCAGUCGCCUUUAUAAACUUCAAGAACCUAAUUAUAUUGUUUUUGAUGAGCUCCAUUAUGGCAAAUAUGUUUCAAUGUAUAUCCAAAAUACUUUUUAUUUUGCAUCUAAUCCAUCAUUUGGAAUUCAGUUAAUUUCUCUGUUAUCAUAUCUAUGUGGAUAUGAUGGUAAUUUUAAAUUUGAUACAAUUGGUAAAGCUUACAGUCCAGAAAUUCCAUUGUUUGCACUUCGCAUUGUCCCUGCAUUUUUUGGCAGUUUGCUUGUACCAUUGGCAUACCAUAUACUUUUAGAAUUGAAGCUGUCUCAGUGGACUGCACUACUGGGAGCACUUUUAAUUUUAUUUGAUAAUGCAUUCCUAACACAAAGCAGAUUUAUAUUAAUGGAGACAAUUCUUAUAUGUUUUGCUGUUUGUGGUAUUUUUUGUAUACUUCGCUUUUGCAAGUAUAAACACAAUCCCUAUUGUUUUCAUUGGUGGCUUUUGAUGUUUAUUGCCUGGAUUUUUCUUACUUUGGCAGUAUGUGUAAAGUAUGUGGCUUUUUACACAUAUUGUUUGGGAAUUGUGCUGGUGUUACACAAUUUUUGGAAUAUUGUGCCGUCUAGAAAUACUUCCGAUAAGUCAUUGUUUAUACAGUUCUGCAUACAAAUCAUUUCAGCCAUCAUUAUUCCUUUUAUGGUUUAUUUGGCAGUAUUUUAUGUUCAUUUAAGUGUAUUAUACAAAGCAGGUCCACAUGACAAUGUUCUCACAAGUGCUUUUCAGGCAUCUCUUGAAGGAGGGUUAGCUUCAAUCACUAAAGGUCAACCAAUCACUGUUGCACAUGGAUCUCAGAUAACAUUGAGGCAUUCUCAUGGUCGCACUUGCUGGCUUCAUUCCCAUCAACAUGUGUAUCCCAUACGUUAUUCCGAUAAAAGGGGUUCUAGUCAUCAGCAACAAGUUACGUGUUAUUCUUUUAAGGAUGUUAACAACUGGUGGAUAGUCAAACGACCUGAAAAAAAUGAAUUGGUCGUUGAAAACCCGAUUGAUGCAAUCAAACAUGGUGACGUCAUUCAGUUGGUACAUGGUUUAACAAGUAGAGCAUUAAAUUCACACGAUGUAGCUGCACCAAUGUCGCCCCAAUGCCAAGAGGUAUCCUGUUAUAUCGACUACAAUAUAUCUAUGGCUGCUCAGAAUUUGUGGAAAGUAGAUAUUAUUAAUAGAGAACAAAUGGGAAAUGUAUGGCGCGCCAUACAGUCUCAAGUUCGCUUAAUUCAUUUAAAUUCGAAUCAAGCUUUAAGAUACAGCGGCAAGCAGUUGCCCGAUUGGGGGUUUCAUCAACAUGAAGUUGUAACAGAUCGCAUUAUUUACCAAGACGACACUAUUUGGAACGUCGAAGAACAUGUAUACACUAAAUCUGAAGACCAAAAAGAUCGGGAAAGAGAUAUAAUAGCUUCAGAAAUGAUUCCAACAUCUGCCCCACAACUUUCCUUUUGGAACAAAUUUUUCGAACUACAAUAUAAAAUGUUAUUUAAGGGAACCGAAAGUGUGCAAAAUCACAUGUUUAGCUCAGAACCUAUCGAAUGGCCUCUAAUGGUUAGGGGUAUAGCAUACUGGGUUUCUAAUCAUGAUAAUGCUCAAAUUCACCUAAUUGGUAAUAUAAUGACUUGGUACACAGCAACUUUUUCUGUUGUAGUUUAUUGUUUACUUUUUGUAUUUUACCUUUUAAGAAGACGGCGACUGUGUUUUGAUUUAGAAAACGAUGACUGGGAAAUAUUCAAAGCAAUUGGUCUAGUCUUUUUACAAGGAUAUUUGUUUAACUACAUACCUUAUUUUUUUGUGGAAAGAACUCUAUUUUUACAUAAUUAUUUGCCUGCCUAUUAUUUUAAAAUUCUUUUAACAGCAGCAUUGUUCGAGCAUAUUUAUGUAUUGAUUAAGAAAACAGUUCAGAACAAAAUUGCCGCUAAAUUAUUUGUGGUAUUUGUUUUAGUAUGGCUUAUGUAUGUGAUUUACAUAUUUAAGAGAUUUACUGUAUUAAAUUACGGAGUAACCAAAUUAACACUUAACGAUAUUAGGAACCUGAAAUGGCGCGAUAGUUGGGAUUUUAUAUAUCAUAGAAAUUAAUUUUAGAUAAUUUAUUUAUAUACGUAUGUCCUGCUGUUACAAAUAUUAUCGAUGUGUAAUGUAUAAUUUUGAUAACGAAAUUUAUUUUUAUGAAAAGUAUUUUAUCUCAAUAUAAAACUUCACCAGUAAAUUGUUCUAUAAAAAUAAUUUAAUUAUUUUCAAUAUUUGUAGCUAGUUACAGCAAAGUUACGACGAUUGUUGUGCAGAAAGUGAAACAAAAGAAAGAUUCUAAUAAUUAUAAAUCUUAGUGCUACACGACCAAGAUCUUCUAUAGUAUGCUCUCUAAAAAUAAAUUCAGUAAUUCUAUUGAUAUGUUUUUGUAAAAAAUCUCGAGUUUUCAGCCUAUUUUUUGUUUUUUAUUUUCGUGAUAUAACUGUAUAACUCAUUGGAACUUUCGAUUUGAAACAGAGAAUACGAAGUAAUGUGUUGAACACCUACAAGUUGGGUCCUUAAUAGAACUGUAUAAGGUGAUAAAAUAACUGAAUCCUUGGUUGGGAUCGGAAGUACCGGUGUAACAAACAAAUGGCGUAUUAAAUUAGUAUUGGGAAGCUCUUUAGUAAAACGGUUUGUGAACCCUAGAAUCCUGGAAGUUUUACUAAUUACAGCUUCAACAUGUUUAGGUAAGGCAUAAUCUUACCACCAUCCAUGGAUCGUUCUGUAUUUUAACCACAUCAUUAACAGUUUAAUAUCUUCUGCGUAAAUUAGAAAUUGUAAAAAUGUAAUGAACGAGCGAUGUCAUUAACAAUUGUUAUAAAGAGUAAGGGGCUCAGGUGAGAGCUUUGAGGUACACCUGAUGUAACUUGGUUAAAGGGUGAUGUUGAUUUUCGCACCCGUACUACCUGCCAACAAUUUUAAAGGUAUGAAGUCCCUAACUAACUAAUAAAUUUCCCUGUAUAGCAGAUGUAAAUAAUUUGGCGAGCAGACGAUCAUGGCAUAUAAACUCACCGUGUGGAUAUUUUGAUCCAAGGCUGCAGUAACUUGAGCAGCCAUUGACAAAUCCGUGUUGUUGAGGGAUUAUUAGUGUAAAAAAAUGGUCAGUUAUAUGGUCAGCCACAAGCCUGUCAUACAUCUUGUCAAACGUACACAGAGCCGAUAUUGAUGUACAAUAUUUGGCAUUUUACUUAUCACCUUUCUUAUGAAUGGGAAGAACGUAAGAUUUCUUCCAUAAUUCAGAUAAGUAACCUGCUGGAAAGUUAUCGAUUAAAAAAAUUUAACAGUCAGUUUGCUUAAGGUGGACCAACAUUUAUGGAUCAGGGCUGACCGUUUCCUUGAAUGAAUCGAAAGCCUAUGCUAUAGAAGCAUCAGUAACAUCACAGAGAGAAGCCAUGAAACAGUCAGCGUUGAACAUCAAUACUAAUAAUACAAAUAUUCUCGUUAUCUGUUAUGGUUAGCUGUUUCAGAAGCUCCAAGACUUGAAACGCUUGAAUACGGAUAUACUUUCUUCAGAAGGCAACACGUAUGUGCCCUUGAAUUGUAGAUUACUAUCGUAUUUGAUAUGUCUGCUACGGUCACUGGUGUCUUUUGGUGGGAUCCUUUAAUUUUUAUCGAAGAAAAAAUUUUCCAUUCUCUUCAGCGAAUUUUCUAGUUCACUUAUUCGUUUUUUAAAUCAAAAAAUUUCAUUUUCGCAUUUAUCUGGCCAUUUUCUAAAAGGGACAAUAUACAGAUAUGUUUUACCUACCUACAUUACAUACGUCACAGAUACCAUAUGUAAAUAAUUAAAGCUUAUUAACAGAAUAAGCAUGAAUUAAAAACUAAUUUGCCCACUAACCGUGUUUAACACACCAAUACACGAUUAGUUUCACUUUCUGGGGCAACAUUAUCAAAUGGAAUAACAAUUGUACAUUAUCUACUUUGAAUAUGCUAAUUCACACAAAUAAAAAUAAAUAAUUCUUUUUGA